AUGGAGGCGCCUUCGCAGCAGGCGCACGGCAACAUGUCUGAGUCGCAGCAACAAGAUGCAUCAAACAAUGCGCCAGCACCCGCACCUGUAUCCGCACCUGCGCCCGCGCCGGUAGAUACGGCCAACACGGCCGGCGACCGCACCUCAGAAGACAAUGUUGGCCCUGCCGUUCGAUUCAAGUCCACCGUCCAAGAAAUCGAUCCCCAGCAUCCUGUGUCUGAAUCAUCGCCCCCGCGAGCCGACCAUGUCAGCGAUUUUGUAACACCCGAGGACAUCAAAUCUCUGUCCAAGUCUCUCCAGGGACAUCGUCUACAAGAAAGGAGGAUGAACAACUUUUCCUUUGAGCCGUACUCACUACCUGCCUCCAGGACGGUUUCCCACGAUGACGAAUCCAGAGACGCUAGCCGACAACAGACGCAAAGCACAGACGGCACGUCAGAUACAAAGCCACUCGACUCUGCUAGAGAUCCAGAGAAGCCGGCCCACAAACGCGAUGUCAUCACCCCACAAGAGUCUACCCAAGAGACCUCCCCGAAACCUGCUACCAGGAGGCUUCCGCAUCGACAAUCGUCCGAGGAAGGGAAACGGUUCACAUCGGAGUUCUUGGGCGCGUCAGACCAUAGAAGGGGCAUGUUCUCUGUCGGCCCAGGAUCAUUGCCAGUCUCGAGAGAAUCUAGCCCAAACCGUGCCUCUGCGUUCUACUCACGCCCUUUCACACCGUCUGGAGACGUCGACAACCCAUAUGCCGCCAGCAAGCGUCAGCCUCAAGCGAAGAUCGAGCCGCGAUUCGUUUUUUCUCGUAAGAAGGGGAAGAUAUCGCCAAGCUCAUCGACAUUGAAUCUACCAAAAACGACUGCCGAGAAGCGGCAGUCGUCCGGGCUUCUCAGCGCCCUGGGCAAGAAUAGCGACAUAUAUCAGACAGACAGUCACGGAACGACACACAGUCGCCAAGGAUCUAUGUCAGAUCUGAAGCGAUUCUUCAAGAUGGGUGGGCAUCACAAGGCGAAGCGCGCAGCGUCCCCGGCAGCGAGCAUCCGAUCCGGUUACAGGACCCCUCCUGGUUCGAGAUCAACGUCUCAGAUACCAUUUGGUGACGAUCACGGCUUGACAUCCAAGUAUGGAAAGCUGGGCAAGGUCCUUGGGUCCGGCGCUGGUGGCUCCGUGAGACUUAUGAAGCGGAGCGAGGAUAACACCGUCUUUGCGGUGAAGGAAUUCCGCCCCCGGCACUCGUACGAGACGGAAAAGGAGUAUGUCAAGAAACUAACGGCCGAGUACUGUAUCGGAUCUUCUCUGCAUCAUGGUAAUAUCAUCGAAACCCUCGACAUUGUACAAGAAAAGACCAAGUGGUUCGAGGUCAUGGAGUACGCACCAUACGAUCUUUUCGCCAUCGUCAUGACGGGCAAGAUGUCCCGCGAAGAAGUGUCUUGUUGCUUCUUGCAGAUUCUGAGUGGCGUGACAUAUCUGCACAGCAUGGGCCUUGCGCAUCGGGACUUGAAGCUCGACAAUGUUGUGGUUAACGAACAUGGCAUCAUGAAGAUCAUCGACUUCGGAAGUGCGCAUGUGUUCAAAUACCCGUUCGAGAACAAUCUGGUUUUGGCCUCAGGAAUCGUCGGCUCUGAUCCAUAUCUCGCUCCGGAAGUUUACGAAGAGCGAAAGUACGACCCAGCUGCUGUUGACAUAUGGUCCUUGGCCAUUAUCUACUGCUGCAUGAGCUUGCGCAGAUUUCCCUGGAAGGUCCCGCGUUUGACAGACAACUCGUACAAGCUCUUUGCAGCAGAUCCAACCCCUGGACACGACCCGAAGAAGUUGAUCCUGCCCCCAGUCAAAUCAGAGAGCGCAUUACAUGACAUGCCGCAGAGAGACAUGUUUCCUGGUGACCCCGAAGACAAGGGAAAGUCAGCUCAAAAUGGCGACAGAUCCAGCCAUCGCGACGAGAAGCCACAGCAGAGCUCAUCCGGUGAAGCAUCGGCGACGACAAGCGAGAAAAAGGAGGUCAUCCGUGGUCCUUGGAGAAUCCUGAGGUUGUUGCCGAGAGAAAGCCGCCAUGUGAUUGGACGGAUGCUUGAGAUAGACCCAAAGAAGCGGGCCAAAAUGGAGGAGAUUCUGGAGGACAACUGGGUAAGCAACACGGUAAUCUGUCGACAAUUGGAACAGGGCAAGGUCAUAAACGCCGAAGACCACACACACGUCUUGGAGCCCCCAUCGAGUACGAGCUCCACCAAGUAG